UGUAAGAAGGUUAACAGAAGGACACGGAUACUAGUUUAAGCGUAUAACAACCUUCUCAGGGUCCUUUUGUCAUCUUCCAUAUAGGGAUAGUAAGCACCUCACUCCUCCGCCGAUCUAUCGCCAGGGAACUUGUCAGCAAGCACGAUCGAAAUGCGACCACAUGAUACAUGCAACUGUGCAAAACGGGGGAGUUCCGUCGCCCUAGUUACGCUUGCGCUGCUUGCCUGCAGUCUCCGGUUCGCAGGUGCCGCCACUGUCAAGACAAAGACCAAGUAUCUCUACGCGUGGGCAGGCGCCCAGGAUCCAGCCCUUGCAAGGGACUCGCUCUUUGUGUUCAGCGUGCAGCCCGGCCCUGAUUUUGGCAAGCUGCUAAACAUUGUAGAGACUCCUUACAAUGGACUGGAGCCGCAUCACUGCCGGACCUCCGUCACCGGCCGCUGGCUGGCCUGCAGCUGCAUGCUGGCCGUCUUCUUCAAGCUGCCUUCCAUCAUCUUCUUCAGCCUCGCUGAUCCCGCCAAGCCUGUGAUGCUGACCAAUGUCACCCUUCCUAUCCACAGCGCCGUCGCCGACGAAUUUGUAGCCACGCCGGAUGGCGGUUUCCUGGCAACCAUGAUGACCAAUGCCAGCGGCUGGGCACCUGGUAGGGUGGCGCGCUAUGAUGGGAACCUCAACUUGGUCGGAGAGUACCCACAAGACCUGAGCGAACUGGCCCCCGCACCCGGCUUCAACCCGCAUGGCAUUGGCGCCGACUUCAAGCAUCAGACGAUGCUUACCGUGGAUUACUUGGAGCCCGCAAGUAGCCUAGUGGGCAACACUCUAACGUACAGGAACACCGCGCGGCUGUGGAGCCUGAAGAACAUGAGCAUCAUUGGAACGUACGUCCUGCCGAAAACGGAAAAGUCGAAGGGCGCAAUGGACGCCGUCGCCAUUGGCGAGACAGGAGCCUACUACCUCACAGGGGGUAACGGCUAUCUCUACUACCUGGACGGCCAGAAGGGGAAGAAGGCAAUGCCGGAGAUUGUCUACAACUCUGGAACACGCGACUCGGUGUCCUGCAUCCUGCAGCCCUUCCGCGGAGGCACGCGUCUGCUGUUGGCCAUGUUUGGCUUGGAUCGGGUGCUGCUGAUGGAUACGACCAACCCCCGGAAGCCAAUGCUUCUGGACAUAUACCAGUUCCCUCUUGGCACCGGCGGACACGUGGUUCGAGUCUCCAACAAUGAGAAGCUUGCUGCCGUCGCCACUUACUUCUUGGAGGAAGGGGCCAUUGGACAGAUUCAUCAUCCCGGCGACUGCACCAUUCGCUUCCUGAGACUGAACGCACAGGGGACACGGUUUAUUAGGGAUGAGUGGCCCUAUACCCGCAGCCCCGUGAUCAACUUCACCGAGCUGUUUCCCGGCAAGGGAGGAUUCCGCACCCACGGGGUGGCAUUCUUGUAGAUGGGUCAUGCUGCUGUCGACAUAGUACCGCAUGAUGACCUUACUAAUUAUGCAGGUUAGGUAUCUGUUUGGCACCGCCACUUACGCGUUAAGGCGCGAUUGCACCUACAUACGGAGACGUCCAUAACAAGGUAGCCUCAUUGCGGAGACAGGGUUGCAUGCAUUGCACGUGCAUCUGCAGGUCUGCAUGCAUGGCAUGUGCGUUGCGUUGUGCCUCCCAGCUGGGCCCUUAUUUGCUGCUUUGAGGGUCGUACCAAGGUCAUGGCCCGUUACUGUGGAGCCCUGCUUUGUUGCUGGGCUGUGUUAGACCCUUAUAGUGUUAUAGAUAGGACUGUGUUGUUUCUUGGUUGAAGAAAUCCUCGUCAUUGUGAUAGCCACUUUUACAUAGAUCGGAUAGAUGUAUGCGCCGGAAAUGCUCAUAGUGCAUAUGGGAGCGCAUGCGGUAUGCUGGCAGACUCGCUAUGUGUGCUGUGCGGAUGUUCAGGGCAGACGUCGAGGUACGGUAUUGCGUAAGUUAACCGGAUUAUCGGCUAAGUUUGUGAUUCGAGUGUUUCGUAACGCUCCGCCGGGGUCCUGGUGCCGUGACGGUUGAAGGAGAAAGGCGGUUAGAAGUUCUCCGGUAGGUAUGAGUAUCUGCAACCGAAUAGGGUAUUGAGUUGCUCCUUUAUGUAGACGUGCGUUUUUGUAUUGUUUUGUAUUAAGCAUAUGUCAAUGUUGAUAACAUGUAUUAUUGAAGCUCGCAUCGAAUCGUGCCGAGCGAGGGCGUUCGCCUAGUAGAAGGC